UAUUAGUUUUAUUAUUUUACUGCGGCAGCUGCGCUCUCCGCGGGGCGCUUCACAGCUUCCGGUCCUCGUCGUACGCGGGUGUGAGAGCAACACAGGGCUUUCAUGACUGACUAGGGUGAAUUUCCCCUAGAUCUGCGUUAGCUGCGAGUCUCUGCACCGAUCAGGAGAGUUUGUUCCUGCGACAGAAGAGCGAUGGGCUUCCGAAAGAAGAGCAAGAGUCCCCCCGUGCUGAGCCACGAGUUCGUGCUCCAGAAUCACGCGGAUAUGGUGUCGUGUGUGGCCAUGGUCAUCCUGCUGGGACUCAUGUUCGAGGUGACAGCAAAAUUUGCAAUCAUGUUCAUCACAGUCCAGUAUAAUGUCACACAAACCCUGGAUACGGAUGCAGGGGACAAGCCUGAGCCUGUCAACUACUACAGAUACGGCCCCAAGGACAUGGCAACAGUCUUCUUUUACCUGCUCAUUGCCAUAAUCCUUCACGCCCUGAUUCAAGAGUACAUACUCGAUAAAAUCAAUCGUCGGCUUCAUCUGUCCAAAACCAAACACAGCAAGUUCAACGAGUCGGGACAGCUGGCCACCUUCUACUCGUUCUCCUUCGUUUGGGGCUGCAGCAUCCUCACCAACGAGGAGUUUGUGACAAAUCCGACUUUUCUUUGGGAAGGUUAUCCUCAUAUCCACAUGGCUUUCCAGGUGAAGUUUUUCUAUAUCUGUCAGAUUGCCUACUGGCUCCAUGCUCUUCCUGAACUGUAUUUUCAGAAAGUACGAAAGGAGGAUAUUCCACGCCAACUGUACUACAUUUGCCUUUAUAUUUUUCACAUCACUGGUGCCUAUGUCCUCAAUCUCCACCGUCUGGGGCUGGUUCUUCUGGUGCCACAUUAUCUGGUGGAGCUGCUCUUCCACGCCUCACGACUCUUCUACUUCAGUGAUGAAAACAAGCAGAAAGGGUUCACGCUCUGGGCUCUGCUGUUUGUCAUCACACGGCUCCUGACGCUCACCGUUUCUGUCCUGACGUUUGGUUUCGGCCUGUCCCGCACUGAUAAUCAGGGAUUCUCUUUAGCAGAAGGAAACUUUAAUGUGCUGACUGUCAGGAUGACAUGUCUGUCCGCCAUCUGCCUGACCCAGGCCUGGAUGAUGUGGAAAUUCAUCAAUUUCCAGCUGAAAAAAUGGAGAGAACAAUCUCAAAUCCAGGCCAGCAAGAAGAAAGCUGUCAGCCCAAAAAGCAGAGCCAGCAAGAAGGACUCACGAGGGGGUUCAGUCAAUGGAGUCAUGAAACCAGAUGACAAGACAUCGCCAAGAGCAAGAAAAUCUAAAGCCUCAUAAGAAGACAGAGAGAGCAGCUGCCCUAAAUGUGAUGCUCUGUUUCCACUCUGAACUCGAGAAGAGAAACAGAUUUGAUAACUGCAGAAAGAACCACAGAGACGGACUUUGUUGUAUGGCACGGUUCAGGUUAUAUUGGUCUCCUGUUUUUCCGGUCUGCAUCUUAAAAAUGAACUAUAGAUUUAUAAUCAAUCAUUAUAUCCAUGUGCUUGUGACUUUUAGCCAAACUGAGAGGUUUUCUGAAGGUUUUGUGAUGGACGCGAAGAGCAGAUGUUGCGUGAUCCGCUCACUUGUUGAGUUGUGGGGUUUGUUGAGUCCAGCUCAGAAGUUGAACACAAUUAUACCCUAUUUAACAUCAUUUCUGUGCUUCUUAUGAAACACAUACACAGUGUGGACAGAAGCUUUUGACAAGUGUCCUUUGUUAAUUGUUAACCUUUAGCCCUUCAGUCCUGAACGCUACUGUGAAGCUCAGUGAGCACGUCCAGUAUAAGGAGGCUGAGGUGGCCAAGGACUGCUACACAACAUAGCUUUCAAAUGACCUUAGCUGUGUGAUUUUACAUUUUGAUACUGAGAGCAGGAAGAACUGUGUGUGAAUGUAAUUUGAGGAGGAUAAUUUUAUAAUUGUUUGUAGCGUCUAUGUUUGAGAUGUUUGUGAGAGCUCCCCCUGCAGGCUUUGAUGAUGCCGACAACUAGUUUGAGGGCAUUGUUUUGGUUUUUGGUUGUGUCUGUGGUAUUUUCAUGGCCUGUGGUUGAGGUGAGUAAAUGAUGGCUCCCCCUGCAGGCUCUGAUGAUCUAUUUCUUUAAGGAAUGAAAAAGCUUUUUUUCCAUUUAACUGCCCAGAAGGGUUCACAUGCUAUCUCCAGGACUAAUAAAGAGUAGGGCUGGGACAAUAAAUCAAUGCAUCGCAAAUCGAGAAAUGAUUUUGCGUCGGUUAUGAUAUUUUCCGAAGGCAUCGCGAUUCUCUCUUGAAUUGAGCUUAGUUUUGAACAGCAGAUGGCACUGCGUGCUUUAGAAACUGUGUAUUCUGCUUGCGUCCAGUUCCUUAUACAGUACAGACCAAAAGUUUGGACACACCUUCUCAUUCAAAGAGUUUUCUUUAUUUUCAUGACUAUGAAAAUUGUAGAUUCACACUGAAGGCAUCAAAACUAUGAAUGAACACAUGUGCAAUUAUAUACAUUGAAAAUGUACAACUGAAAAUGUCAUAUUGUAGGUUCUUCAAAGUAGCCACCUUUAGCUUUGAUUACUGCUUUGCACACUCUUGGUAUUCUCUUGAUGAGCUUCAAGAGGUAGUCACCUGAAAUGGUCUUCAACAGUCUUGAAGGAGUUCUAAGAGAUGCUUAGCACUUGUUGGCCCUUUUUCCUUCUGUCUGCGUUCCAGCUCACCCCUAAACCAUCUGGAUUGGGUUCAGGUCCGGUGACUGGAGGCCAGGUCAUCUGGCGCAGCACCCCAUCACUCUCCUUCUUGCUCAAAUAGCCCUUGAUGCCUUCAGUGUGACUCUACAAGAUUUUACUGUGAUUUUAGUGUGGAUUGUAUCUUGAACGCUAUGAAAGCCAGCCUUUUGUUUCAAAUGAAUGGAAAAUCUGAAGAGGUUUUGAGCGCAGGAGAGCGAUUGCCGGAGAACUUCCUCCUCCAGUUAAAUUGAGUGUUUGCCGUGAGUUUUACAGAUGUUUAUGAAGCCCUGAAUCUGUUCUCAUGUGAAAAGUGUUGGAACAUCACUUUUUCAACACCUUGUGGCCUUUUUCCUUAGAUUCGAGUGAUCUGCUCCAUUAUCUAUCACCUAUAACUCUGAUAACCAUGCUGGAGCGUGUCUGUCAGCAUGGACGUCGCCGCUGCGCUGUGUAGUUUAUAUGAAACCAUAUAAUCCUUAAAGUGUCCUUAAGCUAACAACAGUAAAAGUUGCGUUCUUUCUCAGUUUGAGCACUGUUGAGUUCUCUUUGCGUAUGUGUUAUGUGUUUAUUAGUGUGAUGAGAGAGUUUGAUAUCCUAUCUUUUCCUCAUUGAAAUGCCGUGUGCAUGUUGCGAUCUGUGAAAGAAUUGUCUCAUUAGAAGCAUUUGAUGCCUAAUAGCAGAAAUAAAACCCUUUGUUAAACAAGUGUGAAAGCAAGACACAAACUGCCAGUUUAAUUCAUUUAUUUUAUGAACCCUGUUUGGAUUAUACAGAUUCAUAGACACAUGUAUCAGUUGCCAAACUAUGUGAAAGGGACUUGCUGCGCUCUCCCAGUUAUUGGUAAUAUCUGUUAUAUUAUAAAUCAUCUGGUUCUCGGUACAGUUUGUAGGUCAAGUGCCUAAAUCUGUCUGCAGAACUGGGUUGAUCUGAGUCACUAAAGUUUGCUUUAGUUCGGUACAUUAGUGAAAUAUUUCACAGAGACUUUCAUAGUGGCUUUAUAACACUCGGAGGUCAUUUUCAAUUCAGGGUUUUAAACCUGAUCUGUAAUUGCCUUUAGUGAUGGUUAAUUAAUAAUGUGUUGAAAUGACACAGACGCCUCCAUAUACACCUGUACGCAUUUAAAAAAAAUAAAAAAAAAAUCUAAAGCUUUGUUUACGAUGCAAAGCUAAUUCUUGAAGUUCAAGUUGGUGCUGAUUCUUCUCUAACAGAUGUUGUGUUUGAGAUCUGGAGGACUGAACGGAGGAGUCAUUUAGGUUUCAUGAAUAAUAAAAUCUCCCACGUUUACACAGAAGCCUCGUUCAGACUGUCAGCACAAAUCCGAUUGAAAUCCAGUCAUAUUUAGAUAGUCUGAACGGAAACUAACUGCAUAAUCCGAUUUUUGCUAAUCCGUUUCGAGCAUUCAUGUGUGGUUUGUAAUCCUAUUCAAAUCGCAUUGCUUGAAGUCCGACUGGUCAGAUCUGAUUCAGCGUAGCUUUUUCACUCCAUGUAAAACGUAAACACGUCACACAUUUUGCAGAAAACAUGCCAGAAAGCUUGUGUUGUUGGCGAAUUGCAAAUCAAGCGGAAAAACGCAAAUGCUGCUAGUAUACGCAAAUCUUUGAGUUUUGUAAGUAGCAGAGACAGCAGAACAGAAUAAAGCCACACAUUCCAGCUUCCAGCGUUUCUGCUGCUGCCUCACAAGGCGAAAUAUAAUAAUACAGCACAGCCGCGAAAGUCAGCAACAUGUUGUCCUGUUGUAAGACAUCAUCUGUAUUGUUGUUACUGUUGUUUUUAGCGUAGGCGAAACUAAUGCACAUGCCGUAAAAAUUAAAGCGUGCUUAUUGGCACACAGUUUGGAUAUGAACAGUUGCGAUAUAUGCUGUGUGGACAGUUAGUUGAUGAAUCCGAUUUGAUUUGAUCUGACAGUGUGAACGAGAGUUUUGAUAUUGGUUUUGUCUUUGUUCCAAACCUCUUAUUAACCCCCUUUUUAAAGUAGAAUGAUUUAUUCCUCCCGUCGUUCAGAAUUGUCAAGAUAUUUUUUUUUUCUGCCAUUUUGACUGAUGUUUGGCAAACUAAACAUAAUUAUAUAGAGUAAUUCACUACUGAAUAAUUGUCAGAUUUUUAAACUAUUUUUAUAGCGUUGAACUGUUGAGAGAUAAACAUAAUUUAGAGCAUAUUUAAAUAGUUUACUGCUUUAUGGGUUUAUUAUUUUUAUACUGUGUGGGAGAAGCUUUCUACCAUUUCAGUUGGACUGCAAAUUAUAUACAUUUGGUGACUAUAAAUAUUGUGAAAAGAUUGAAACAUUACUGCCGCUUUCCCUGAUUUCUCACUGUUCGUUUAAAUUUGGGAUAUGAGCAAGUUAAUAAAGUCUGUGAACUGUUUGAUGAGUCUUCAUUUAGUUGUUUUGUUUUUGAGUAGUGGGAAAAACUUCACACAUUGUUCUGUCAUGUAAGAGACAUGUAAUGGAUAACUGUGGUGUUUUGAUAAGGCUUAAUUGUUUCAUUUUGUGUAUAUAAAUGUAAAUGGGUGAAAAAAUCACAAAAUACUUAUGUGAAAUAGAAAAGAUGCACCAAAGGCUUCUGGAAUCAGAUAUGAUGAAUCUGUAUUAUAUUUCACCAUGCCUUGCAUCGUACAAGCACUGUUACUUUUCUAAUGCUUGCCUGUAUGUUCAGAUAUAUUGUUUUAUAUCUAUCUAUAUACAUUACCGUUCAACAGUUUGGGAUCAGAAUUAUUUUUGUAAUGUUUUUUAAAGGAGUUUCUUCUGCUCGUCACAGCUGCAUGUAUUUGAUCAAAAAUACAGGGUAAAGUUUAAUAUUGUGAAAUAUUAUGAUGUAAAAUAACGUUUUUCUAUUUUAAUAUACAUUAAACUGUAAUGUAUUUCUGUGAUGUGCAGCUGUAUUUUCAGCUUCAUUACUCCAGUCUUCAGUGUCCCAUAAUCUUCAGAAAUCAUAAUAAUAUGAUGAUUAUUAUCAAUGUUGGAAACUGUUGUGCUGCUUAAUAUUUCUUUGUAACCUGUGAUCAUAUUUCUCUGGAUUCUUUGAUGAAUAAAAAGAAGAGCAUUUAUUUAAA